AUGGCUUACGUUUUAACAGAAACAGCAGCAGGGUAUGCACUUUUAAAAGCAUCAGAUAAAAAAAUUCAUAAAUCUUCAUCAUUAAUUGAGGAUUUAAAUUCAUUAGAAAAAGUAACUGAUCAAUUCAAAAUUCAUAGAUUUGAAAAAUUUCAAAGUGCAGCAAAUGCAUUAGAAGAAGCAAAUUCUAUAAUGGAAGGUAAAGUAUCAGAUUCAUUGAAGAAAUUAUUGGAAGAUUCCAAGACUGACAAAAAAUCUACAUUGAUUGUAUCAGAAACUAAAUUAGGUAAUGCUAUAAAUAAAUUGGGAUUAAAUUUUCAAGUUAUAUCUGAUGCUGCUUCAUUAGAUUUACAUAGAGCUAUAAAAGAAUUUUUACCUGAAUUAUUACCAGGAUUAGAUAAUUCAUCAUUAAAUCAAAUGUCCUUGGGAUUAGCUCAUUCUAUUGGACGUCAUAAAUUAAAAUUUUCAGCUGAUAAAGUUGAUACAAUGAUUAUUCAAGCUAUUGCAUUAUUAGAUGAUUUAGAUAAAGAAUUGAAUACUUAUGCAAUGAGAUGUAAAGAAUGGUAUGGAUGGCAUUUUCCUGAAUUAGCUAAAAUUGUUGUUGAUUCAGUUGCAUAUGCAAGGAUUAUAUUAACAAUGGGUAUAAGAUCAAAUGCUUCAGAAAUUGAAUUAUCAGAAAUUUUACCAGAAGAAAUUGAAGAACAAGUUAAAACUGCUGCUGAAGUUUCAAUGGGUACAGAAAUUACUGAAAAUGAUUUAGAUAAUAUUAAAGCAUUAGCUGAACAAAUUGUUGAUUUAGCUGCUUAUAGAGAACAAUUAUCAAAUUAUUUAAGUUCAAGAAUGAAAGCUAUUGCUCCAAAUUUAACUACAAUGGUUGGUGAUUUAGUUGGUGCAAGAUUUAUUGCUCAUGCUGGUUCAUUGAUUUCUUUAGCAAAAGCUCCUGCUUCAACUAUACAAAUUUUGGGAGCUGAAAAAGCUUUGUUCAGAGCUUUGAAAACAAAACAUGAUACUCCAAAAUAUGGUAUCAUUUAUCAUGCAUCUAUAGUUGGUCAAGCAACUGGUAAAAAUAAAGGAAGAAUUGCAAGAGUAUUAGCUGCAAAAGCAGCUUUAUCAGUAAGAUAUGAUUGUUUUGAUGAAGAAAGAGAUGAUUCAGAUGAUUUUGGAUUAGAAAAUAGAUCAAAAGUUGAAAAUAGAUUAAGUCAAUUAGAAGGUAGAGAUAUGAGAACAACAUCAAAAGUCAGUAGACAACAACCAAAAAUAGAUAUAACGGAAGCAAGAGCUUAUAAUGUUGAUGCUGAUGCUCCAAUCACAAACAAUAAUGUUGCUGAUUCAGAUGAUGAAGAAUCAGAAACUGAAGAAGUUGAAGAAAAAGUAGAAAUUAAAUCAAAAGAUAAAAAAGAUAAAAAGAGUAAGAAAGAUAAGAAAGAUAAAAAGGAUAAAAAAGACAAGAAAGAUAAAAAAGAUAAAAAGGAAAAGAAAAGAAAAAGAGAUGAUGAUGAUGAAGUGAGUGAAGAAAAAUCAAAGAAGAAAGAUAAGAAAUCAAAAAAAUCAAAAAAGGAUUAA